AUGGCUUCGAAAAGUCACUCCUUUGAUUCUGAUUGUAUGACGCUGACAAGAUUUGUUCUCGCCGAGCAACGAAAAAUACCAACCGCUACGGGAGAUCUAAGUCAACUUCUAAAUAGCAUACAAACCGCUGUAAAGGCGGUUAGUUCAGCGGUUAGAAAAGCCGGUAUUGCAAAUAUGUAUGGAGUAGCCGGAAGUCAGAACGUUCAAGGAGAAGACGUUAAAAAGUUAGACGUAUUGAGCAAUGAGGUAUUCAUAAAUAUGCUGAAAUCUUCAUUUACAACCUGUCUUCUUGUGAGCGAAGAGAAUUCGAAUGUGAUUGAAGUGGAGACUGAAAAGAGCGGAAAGUACAUAGUGUGCUUCGAUCCUUUGGACGGAUCCUCUAAUAUCGACUGUUUAGUGUCAGUCGGUUCAAUUUUUGGUAUUUAUAAGAAACCGAACGAAUCGCGAGAACCUAUGGCGGCAAAUGCCCUUCAACCUGGUAAGAAUUUGGUCGCCGCUGGAUAUGCACUUUAUGGUUCUGCAACUAUGAUUGUACUCUCGAUCGGUCACGGAGUGAAUGGUUUUACCUAUGAUCCAUCGAUCGGAGUAUUUAUUUUGACCGAAAAAAACAUACGCGUACCAUCUAGAGGGGAUAUCUACAGUGUUAACGAAGGCCACGAGGGUGCUUGGAAUGCAGCUAUCAAAGAUUAUAUUCGUUCAAAGAAAUAUCCUGAAAAUGGGAAACCAUAUAGCGCAAGGUAUGUGGGCUCCAUGGUCGCUGACGUACACAGGACAAUAAAGUAUGGAGGAAUAUUUUUGUAUCCGGCGACCAACAGUCAUCCAAGUGGCAAGCUCCGGCUUUUGUACGAAUGUAUACCGAUGGCUUAUAUACUAAAAGAAGCUGGCGGUUUAGCAUCGAACGGUGAAAUUGAUAUUUUGGAGGUUAUCCCCGAGAACAUUCAUCAAAGGUCUCCGAUAUUUCUAGGUUCGCGAGAAGAUGUGCAAGAAGUUUUACAGUACAUUCAGAAAUACAAAAAGUCGUAA